GGCCACUACUCUCUAUUUACUACAUCCUACUGCCUCCCCCCCCACAUCAUCUCUCCACAACCCUCGAGGUCCUUGCUGGACUGCUCGUCCCCGGGUUGCAAUCGUCAAUUGUCGAAUUGGUCCCCUCUUUCUCCCCUCGUCCAUCUCCCUAGGAUGACCCGAAUACACCGCGCCCUCCACUGCGACAGCUAAGCUUCCCUGCCAUGUCGCUGACGGCCACCACCAUCACCACCACCACCACCACAGCCGUGGUUGGCCUGGAGUCCGACGAUGCUGGACGUCGUCGCGACAGACCAGGCCUGUUUCUACCGAACCGCAAGCUGCGUCAUUUGCAGGCGAUCUCCGUUCGUAACCUCGUCGUCGCCCCUCCCAGUCGACCUCGCGGGAAGACCAUCGACGACGACGACGCCCCCAACGCUCUGCAAUCCGCCUCCAAGGCCCUCACCCAAGAUGCCACCCGAUCCCUGCACCAGUCCCGAUCCUUUACCAACCUCAAGUCCGCCGCCGCCGCCGCCGCCGCCGACGCCCACCCCGACCCCGAGCAACCACCUCCUCCGUUGCGGUCCUGGCAGCGAAGAAACACCCUGCCGUGGAACGGACCCAAUCCGCAAGCGAGACAGGUGAAAUUGGAGGAGAUCACGAGCAGUCGCAUGGCCGACACGUGGGUGUCGAUCCAUUGCGACGGCAUCCCGGAGCCGGUCUACGUGAGCGAGGUCGUGGAUCAGGCCACGAACCCCAGCUUCCGCUCCUUCGAUCUGAACAUGUGCGGCCCGGCCGUGUCGCGCCUGGACCGCGCCACGGUGAAGCUGUGGGCGAAGACCGCCGCCAUGGACCAGUACUUGCCGCUGGUCGACCUGCACCUGUGUCUGCAGUCGCUGCAGUUCCUGGGCAAGUCGUUGGACAACUUCCACCAACCCCUGCCGUCGAAUUCCAUCCUCUUCCAUUUCCCUGACGGGGUCUACACGAACCUGACCGAUCUCCCGCCCGUCGUGGCGCCGGUACCGACCACGCAUACGAAAGCGGCGGAGGGCGCCGCGUUGCUGCCCACUUCCUCCUACGACGCCCUGAUGCGCCUGGCGAACCUGGAUGAGUGCAUCCAGGACGCCCUCACGACGCGCGAUAAACUGGAGUCGCAGAUCAGCUCGAUCCUGGAGAAGAACCAGCGCGCGCUGCGAACGACGAGCGAUGCCUCGCGCGCGCGAGACAAGCUGGCGCGCACCCGACAGGCCGUCGCGACGGAGCGGAAACAGCUGCGCACGGCAUCCAGGCGGAAAGACGAGCUGCUCGCCAGCAUCCAGGCCCGCCGCGACGCCAUGGCACGCGGCCGCUCCAGCCAGGCCCGCACGCGGAGCCAUCUGCCCGACGCGCAGGGGAAGCUGGCGGUGAGUGUGCGGCUGCUGCACCAGACCACCGACGAGGCCAAGGGCCAGAUCCGACGCAUCUCGGAGGACCUGCUGGCGGUGUACCCCAUCGAGCCGAUCGCCGACCAGCCGCUGGUGUUCACGAUCGCGGGCUUGGCCCUGCCGAACUCGAACUUCAGCGACGUGAACGACCGCGAUGCCGUGGCCGCGGCGCUGGGCUGCACGGCGCACCUGGUUUACCUGCUGUCGUUCUACCUGUCCGUGCCGCUGCCGUACCCCAUCAACCCGUACCAGUCGACCUCGCUGAUCCAGGACCUCGUGUCGGCCGCCCUGCCGCAGCGCACGUACCCGCUGUACCCGGUCAACGUGCAGUACCGCUUCGAGUACGGCGUGUUUCUGCUGAACAAGGACAUCGAGUUCCUGCUGAACAAGCAGGGGCUGCGCGUGUUCGACAUCCGGCACACCCUUCCGAACCUGAAGUAUCUGCUGUACGUGCUGACUGCCGGGACGAGCGACAUCCCCGCCCGCAAGGCCGGGGGCAUCCGGGGCCUCCUCCCCGGCUCAGUGUCGGGGUCGCGGCGCGGGAGUGCGGACAGCGGCGCGACGACGGAGGCGCGGAGGGGGGCAGUUGGUAUCUUUUUUUCCCCCACGCAUAUGUGA